AUGGAGAAGAAGCAGAAUAUGGAGGAGAAGGAGAAUCUGAACAUCACUCUGCCUCAAGAUUUGAUCGCCAAAAUCCUUCUAAGGCUACAGUCCAAGGAUGACUACUUGCUUGUUGUAAUCCCAUUUUGUAGAUGUGAACCUCAAGUGAUUGAUAAUAGGUAUGAAGGCUCUGUUGUUUCUGUGCAAUCUGGUGGACCUGGAGUUAACUCUUCGUGGCCUCGAAUUGAGGUUUUAUCUCUGAAAACCAAUGUACCCUCCUUUUAUGGAGUUGAUAUCGAGUAUCUGGAUGUCGUGUUUGAGUCAAAAUAUGGUUUGUUCUUGGAUAAGUCUCUACAUUGGUUGGUUACACCUAAGGAUACACAACUUCGUGUAAUCAUUGCCUUUGAUUUGGUGGAAAGGAGUUUAUCGGAGAUUCCUCUUUCACAUGAAUUGGCAGCGGAAUUGGCGAUAUAUAAAGAAUGUUAUUUGAGGGUAUUGAGAGGAUGUCUUAGUCUGUGUUACUCGAGUGAAGGUGAUGAUGGCCAUGAAGUGUCUGUGAUAUGGGUUAUGGAAGAUUAUAAAGUGCAGUCUUCUUGGACUAAAUCUUUUGUUUUGUCAAUUCAAGAUGAUGACAUGCCCUUUUUGCCAAUAUGCUUCACUAAAGGUGGUGAUUUUUUCGGGCUAGAUGAGAAUGGAGAAUUCGAGAAAUUUAAUGAUAAGGGUGAACUGCUUGAGAAUCACACAUAUGGACUGUCGGACAAAGGGGCUCUAAAAUAUUUUGAUAUGUACAAAGAGAGCCUUCUAACACUCCCUAGCGAACUAUCAUGA